AGGGUACCUUCAUUGCACUCGAAAUAUUUUUCAGCAAAUAAGUGCAAGUCCAGACAUUUAUAUACAGGGCGAUAGAGAAUUUCGAGCGCUAUCAGAAUACGGGAUCAUUUUUGUAAAAGUAUAUCUUUAUAAGGAAAAUAUCUUGAAAAAACUGUAUGCAACUAUUUUUUUCCAGGCGUAUAUAUCACAAUAACUCAUUGAAUGACAAGAUAUUAUAAUUUUCUCUAUUAACAUUUUCAGUGAAACAUAUACUAAUAAAAUUCGGUAAUUAUUAUUAAUGUUGCACGCUACUAUAAGUUCUGUUUUUGUUGUUGUUCACAUUGGAUUUUUUAUACGUGAUUUAAACAAGUAGUAAACAUGUCUACUGCAAGUUCGAAAUUACUGUUUAAGUAUUCAUUCGUCGCAUUCAUUUUGCCUUGAAAUAUUUGCUACAACAAGUCGCAUAAAAUUGCUGACUUUCUUUUUGCCUGAAAAAUCUUUAUUCACUUUUGCUUUCAUUCGUUUCCAUUGUUUGAAUAACAUCCUACAUUUUUUCUAUUUGUUGUUUAGAUCGCUCCCUUUGCAAGUGUGAUCAUAAAUGGUAUUUAUUGGGAACAAUCUCAACCAAAAUUAUUGAGAAUAGCUGAUGCUAAAGUGUUGUUGGCACCAUCAGCGAACAGUCAAGCAUGGUUACCAACAGAAAAUGGUUGUCCCGUACUGCCACAUCGUCUAUUAUCUAUUUGUGACAUAACGGCAGAUAAAGGUGGUUCAAUCGAGUUUGUGACACAGACAACAACAAUUGACCAUCCGUUUUUAUUAUACGAUCCACACACACAAACAGCGAAAGAAAGUUUUAAUGGACCAGGUGUACUGAUUUGCUCAAUUGACAAUAUGCCUACUCAAUUACCGUUAGAAGCAACAGAGUAUUUUGGAUCAUUGUUAUUUCCAUUAAUACCGACUAUGUUACAAAUAGAUGCGACGAAAGAAUUUCAACUUCAAAAUAUACCACGGGUUAUUAAAGAUGCAGUGUUAACUGCAAACGGUCAUCUAACGCCAAAAUAUUCUUACAUAACUCAGUUAAGAGAACAAAGACGUAUUAAACAACAAUUGGCAUCAACGAAAAAACGUGUAUUAAUAUUGGGUUCCGGUUUUGUGUCGGCACCUGCCGUCGAAUGUUUGACAAGAGAUAAUAAUAUCUCAGUGACAUUAGUUAGUUCAGUCAAACUUGAAGCCGAUCGUUUAGCUGACCUAUAUCCAAACACAACUCCCGUUAUGCUAGAUAUCAUGCGAAGUUCAGAAGAAGUAGAAAAACUGAUUAAAGAUCAUGAUAUUGUUGUUAGGUAUAACUUGUUAUUGACAAGACAAAGCUUCGGCUCGUCAAAGAGUAUCGAUUCCUUUUUUGAUCUAAUGGCCAAGGAAAAAAAAGUGCUUCCUUUCGUGAUUCUUAGACGUUUUUUUCCGGCAGGUUUUCUUUGCCUUACAUACAUUGCAAAAGACUUGUAAUCAAUAAUUAUCCAUUCAAAAUAAAAUUUGAGCUUGGUUUCGUCUAAAUGCACUUAGACUGUAUUAGUGAUUUGAAUAAGUGCACACAUACUGCAUUCAUUCAAGUCCUUAAUACAGUCUAAGUGCAUUUAGACGAAACCAAGCUCAAAUUUUAUUUUGAAUGGAU